UGCAAUAUAAUAUAUACCUAGCUACAGCAUAAUAUAAUAUUGUAUACUUACGCGUAUAGUUCGUAAUAUUAUAUAUAAAUACGCAGUUACGUUUAAAAUAAUAUUUAAGUUAAUCGUCGAAGCCCGCCGUACAUAUUAUUAUAACAUAUCGUGUUCAUAAUGAACGCACCUAGUCCGGAAGUAGAUGUGUUUAUUAGCAACUACACGAUCGUCGAUCCAGACGUAUAUCAUCUGUGGGUGAAUGGAUAUUCCGCAUCGGAAGCAGUGUCCAUUCUGAAACAGUAUGGUAUUCUGGAGGAGAUGGGCACUACACUCGACUUGGUUGCAUCCGACAUAUUAGACCAUUAUAGGACAUACAGUUUGCUAGAAAAAAUAAUACAUUAUCCGACAAAGUUAGAUCAACAGCUGGCAUUUCAAAUAGAGCCACAAACGAAACACAUAUUAGUAGAAAAGUAUUAUGAAAUAGAUGAUAUAGUUAUUCGAGAAUUUCUUGGAAAAAAAUUAUCAUCAAAACAUCGUAAAGAUUUGGAUGAAGUUAGUGAAAAAACAAGCAUCGCUAUAAAAUCUUGCAGACGUCAAUUUGACAAUGUCAAACGAGUUUUCAAGGCUGUUGAAGAACUUCAAGGUUCUGUUAUCCAAAAUAUUUCUAGCAUAUUUCUAUUAUCAGAAGAUCUGGCUAAGAAGUAUGGAGUAAUUGUUUUCAUAGCCUGUAUGCGUUUUGAAACGUCGAAACGUAAAUUACAAAUGUUAACAUUUCCUGACUUUUAUGAACCAACUCUUUGUAUUAUGAACAAGUGGACUUAUCCUAAAAGUAGUCCAGAAUUUGGAGACACUGACUUGGAUCGAGAAUUUUUGCUUGAAUUAAGAGAAGUUAGAGUAUUAUUGGACAAAGAGAAGGAUCAUAAACAUAUUGUAUGUCAAAAAUUAAAGCCAGAGUUUCUAGAAAAAACAUAUAAUAGUAUGGAAGUUAAUUUUCGUUUGCUGAGUAGAGCAAUAAUAGGAAUAGCCUAUAAUCUUCACCACAAUAGAGACUUAAGAGGAUUCUUUCUGGAAGUAGUAGAAAGAAUUAUUGAUCCAUGGAGAAUACUUGGUUGGAUUAAAGUAGAUGUGAUGAAUUUUCUAAAAGUAUAUGUCAACUGUGCCAUAGAAUUAGAUGUAUUCCAAGAUGCAGAAGUGAAGAAAGCUUGGGAACGGUAUAUGGAUGUAAUAACAACCAGUGUCAAACAACUCUACUAAAAUAAUACAGUAAUAUAUUUGUAAUAAAUUUGAAGAAAAUUAAAAAAAUUGUUUGUUUUAUAGUAUAGACUGCUAAGAUAGUGACUUGAAAUAUUAUGUCAGAUAUUUUUUAACCUGUGUCCUUAUUUAUAGUCGUGACUAUAUUUUAAUAUAUAUAUAUAUGUUUUAGAAAAAGUUAAUUAUUUUUAUAAGCAUGGGCACCUCAAACACGCCAAAAUAUUUGUUUUAUGUUAAUUGUAUUAGAUAAUAAUGUUUAGAUUGUGAGUGUUAUAUUAUCUAACUUUUGUUUUGCUAAACGCUUUCAUAUAAAAUCUAGUGUUACAAUUUUAUUGUAUAAAUUCAUUAAAACUUUAAUUUAAAUUGUUAUGCUAGUCUUCAAUGUAAUAAAUUUACAUAUGUAUAGUAUUGUGUUAUAAUAGUAUGUUUUAAAAACUGCAAAAAAUUAUAGUAUUUAG